AUGUUAUUCUCCUAUGUUGAUAAGAAGUCUGUCUCCCUUCUUAUAAGGGCUUUGAAAGCUUUUAAGGGUUGUUCUGGAUUACAGGCUAAUGCUGAUAAAUCUGUUAUCUACUUUGGGAGUGUGCAGUCUGAAAUACAGCAGGAAAUUGUGUCCGAGUCUGGUUUUGUUAUAGGAGAAACUCCUUUCAAAUAUCUUGGCAUCCCUCUGAAUGCUAAAUACUUGAGAGUCUCAGACUUUGAUGUUAUAGUUGAUAAGAUGCUGACUAGAAUAACCUGUUGGUCUAGCAGAAACCUGUCUUAUAUUGCAAGAGUUGUGCUGGUGAACUCUGUACUGAUUAGUUUGCACACUUAUUCGGCUCAGUGCUCCCCCUAUUGCUUGGGAUUGGGUCUACAAGCUGAGGGUGUCUUAGGAAUUAGAGAUUGUGGGAUGUGGAACAGGGCAGCUUUGGGGAAGUAUGUGUGGAAAAUAGCUAAGAAAGAGGAUUCUCUUUGGGUGAAAUGGGUUCAUGUUGUGUACAUUAAAGAACAAGACUGGUGGAAUUAUAGUCCUAAGAGAUCUGCAGGAUGGGCUUGGAGGAGAUUAUGUGCAGUCAAGGACCAGCUAAAAGAAGGUUUUGAGCAAAAUAGCUAG